UUCUAAGCACUACUGUAUAUUUCUGUGGCCUUGCAUUAAAUAAAGCGACGGCUAUUUAGAUAGCUAAGACAUAGCGGGUGGAUUAAAGCGCACGACAUCGGUGCUGUAAUCAAAUAUAAAAGUGGAGGAAUACGCCUCCAACAAGCCUUAGUGGUACUUGAAGAAAAAUGACUUAUUCUAUGACAAUGCCUUCCUUAUAAUUUUUCAGGACGUAACGUUAGCUAGCUAGUGAUCCAGUGGGAGAGAAAUAGCCGAGCAGUUAAUAUAGAUCGAUUUCUCAAAUCGUCGUUGGAAUUAACGUUUUCUUUUUGUAGUUUUCUAAUCAUAUUCGUGUUGAUAUUGUGUUAUUUACUUAACGUUUCUGAAUUAGUUGUUAGUCAACGGAAUACCGGGAUAUUUAUUGUACUGGGAUGGACAAUGCCCAUACUAAGACAGUCGAGGAGGUGUUGGGGUAUUUCUGUGUGAAUGAGUCGACAGGCCUGAGCUGUGAACAGCUGAGGAAAAGCAAGGAGAGAUGGGGCCCAAACGAGUUACCGGCAGAAGAAGGGAAGUCGCUAUGGGAACUGAUCCUGGAACAGUUUGAGGAUCUCUUGGUUCGAAUUCUUCUGCUGGCUGCCUGCAUCUCCUUCACUCUUGCCUGGUUCGAGGAAGGGGAGGGGACCAUCACAGCCUUUGUGGAACCCUUCGUCAUCCUCCUCAUCCUCAUCGCCAACGCUAUCGUUGGGGUGUGGCAGGAGCGUAAUGCUGAGAAUGCAAUAGAGGCGCUGAAGGAGUAUGAGCCUGAGAUGGGGAAGGUGUACCGACAGGACAGGAAGAGUGUCCAGAGGGUCCGGGCUAAGGACCUCGUACCUGGGGACAUAGUGGAGGUGGCAGUGGGUGAUAAAGUCCCAGCAGACAUCCGGCUGACCUCCAUCCGCUCCACCACGCUGCGAGUGGACCAGUCUAUCCUGACGGGGGAGUCGGUGUCUGUGAUCAAACACACAGACCCAGUGCCUGACCCGCGAGCCGUCAACCAGGACAAGAAAAACAUGCUGUUUUCUGGCACCAACAUUGCGGCAGGCAGGGCUAUAGGUGUGGUGGUAGCUACUGGGGUGCAGACUGAGAUCGGGAAGAUUCGUGAUGAGAUGGCUGCUACAGACCCAGAGAGAACACCGCUGCAGCAGAAACUGGACCAGUUUGGGGAACAGCUGUCCAAGGUGAUCACAGUGAUCUGCGUGGCAGUGUGGGGUAUCAACGUAGGCCAUUUCAAUGACCCGGUCCACGGUGGCAGCUGGCUCAGAGGGGCUGUCUACUACUUCAAGAUCGCUGUGGCACUGGCUGUAGCUGCCAUCCCUGAGGGGCUACCUGCUGUGAUCACCACCUGCCUAGCUCUGGGGACCAGACGCAUGGCCCGGAAGAACGCCAUCGUCCGCAGUCUGCCUUCUGUGGAGACCUUGGGCUGCACCUCCGUCAUCUGCUCCGAUAAGACUGGCACCCUCACCACCAACCAGAUGUCUGUCCACCGGAUAUUUGUUGUGGACAGUGUGUCAGGGGAGCGAUGCGCCCUGAGUGAGUUUUCGGUGACCGGAUCUACUUACGCCCCGGAAGGGGAAGUGUAUAAGGAUGAGACGGUGGUGAAGUGUAGUCAGUAUGAGGGCCUGGUGGAGAUGGCCUCUAUCUGUGCUCUGUGUAACGACUCCUCUCUGGACUACAACGAGUCUAAGGGUGUGUAUGAGAAGGUAGGCGAGGCCACGGAGACGGCCCUGUGCUGUCUGGUGGAGAAGAUGAACGUGUUCGACACAGACCUCAGAGGACUGUCCGCCGUCGAGAGAGCUACUGCCUGCUGCUCGGUGAUUAAACAGUUGAUGAGGAAGGAGUUGACGUUGGAGUUCUCCCGUGACAGGAAGUCCAUGUCAGUGUUCUGUUCUCCCAACAAACUCAGCCGCUCUGCCUCCGGGGCCAAGAUGUUUGUCAAGGGAGCUCCGGAGAGCGUGCUGGAGCGCUGCCGUUGGAUUCGGGUGAACGGGGGCGCGCGGGUGCCCAUGACGCCGGCGGGGCGGGAGCAGCUCCAGGGGACCGUCAGGGAGUGGGCCACGGGGCGGGACACCCUCCGAUGCCUCGCCAUGGCGACCCGGGACUCGCCUCCCGAGAUACGCUCUCUCAACCUGGAGAACUCGGCCACCUUCGCUGAUUACGAGUCGGACCUGACCUUCGUGGGCUGCGUGGGGAUGCUGGACCCCCCCAGGAAGGAAGUGCUUGGUGCGGUCCGUAUGUGUCGGCAGGCUGGCAUCCGCGUCAUCAUGAUCACAGGUGACAACAAGGGCACGGCCAUGUCCAUCUGUCGUCGCGUGGGCAUCAUCACGGAGGAGGAGGAGGAGGCGGGCAGGGACGACCCGUUCUCAGGGGGCCUGACGGGGAGGGAGUUUGACGAGCUGCCCCCCCACCUCCAGAGGCAGGCCUGUCGUACCGGACGCUGCUUCGCCCGUGUGGAACCCACACACAAGAGCCGCAUCGUGGAGUACCUACAGAGCCUCGAUGACAUCACAGCCAUGACUGGUGAUGGAGUGAAUGAUGCGCCAGCCCUGAAGAAGGCAGAGAUCGGGAUCGCCAUGGGUUCAGGCACGGCUGUUGCCAAGUCCGCCUCAGAGAUGAUCUUAGCUGAUGAUAACUUCUCUACCAUCGUAGCGGCUGUAGAAGAGGGCAGAGCCAUCUACAACAACAUGAAGCAGUUCAUACGAUACCUCAUCUCUUCCAACAUAGGAGAGGUUGUCUGUAUUUUCAUGACGGCUGCUCUGGGCAUGCCCGAGGCCCUGAUCCCGGUCCAGUUGCUGUGGGUCAACCUGGUGACAGACGGCUUCCCGGCCACUGCCCUGGGCUUCAAUCCCCCUGACCUAGACAUCAUGUCCCGCCCCCCACGCUCCCCCAAGGAGCCUCUCAUCUCCAGAUGGCUCUUCUGCAGAUACCUCAUCGUCGGAUGCUACGUCGGAGCAGCUACAGUAGGAGCUGCAGCCUGGUGGUUCAUGGCAGCACACGAUGGACCCAAACUCUCCUUCUACCAACUGUCUCACUAUCUCCAGUGCGGUGAAGGCCACGGGGAGUUUGCGGGGGUUCAGUGCUCGGUGUUUGAGUCGCCCUACCCCAUGACCAUGGCCCUGUCUGUGCUCGUUACCAUAGAGAUGUGCAACGCCCUCAACAGUCUGUCAGAAAACCAGUCCCUGCUGAAGAUGCCUCCUUGGUCCAACCCCUGGCUGGUGGGAGCUAUCUGUCUCUCCAUGGCGCUCCACUUCCUCAUCCUCUACGUUGACCCCCUGCCUGUGGUGUUCCAGAUCCGCCCCCUGUCGUGGCCACAGUGGGUUGUGGUCCUCAAGAUGUCGCUUCCAGUCAUCUUCAUGGACGAGGCCCUCAAGUUCCUGGCCCGGAACUGGAUCGAGCCGGGUACCGACGUGGAGCGCCAGGAGGAGGAGCGGGAGCGCCGGCGGAGGGGUCAAGGGUCAGGGGGCAUGACUGCCGCUGUGAGCAGGGUGUUCAAGGGCGUGUCCUGGUCAUUCGUUUUAAUGUCGUUCCCCCUAUUGGUCUGGAUCUACAGCCUGGACUCUGAUAUUACUAACAUGUUCUAUGAGUGAAGGGAAGGUGGGGGGGGGGGGGGGGGGGGGGGGGGGGUUGUGAAGAUGGAGUGCAGGGAGAGAAUAAAAAACAAAACAUUUUUAGUGGGUUAAAGCCAGGGAUGGAGGGAUGAAAGGUGAACAAUCUGAGACGGUGAGAGGGAUAGUGAAGAGGAGAGCACUGAUACAUCCUAGCUCAGCACUCUUGACUAUUUGAAUAUGGGCCCUGACCGUAAGUGAGGGAUUUUCUAAAACUCAAGGUCCUAUUCAAUCAAGCCUGGUUUAGCAAGUUCCCUGAAUACGUCUUGAAAGUACCACUCCUCUUGUGCAGAAAGAAUGCACGUUUAGGUUCACAUAGCCCCUUGACAACAUCAUUUUUUACAAUGUGAGACAAACCAGAAAGAAACGCAACUUUUGUAGUUGAUUCAAACAAGCUUUCUGGCUGCUCAGAAUUAUUAUUAUUAUUAUUAUUAUUUUUAUUUUUUUCUUGAAAGGGAAAGUACUGUCUAUAGAUGAUUUAUAACAGAGUACUUUAUACAUUUCAUUCCAAUUUCUCUACCUGUAAGGUGACAGGUGGGAAAGUGAGGGAGAAAGAAGCUUCUUCAGUCUAGUCUAGGGAAUGGAGGGAUGACUGGAUGAAGAGGGAGAAAGGCAGAGAUAAAGAAUCUUCUAGCAUCAGUCAGACUGGCCACACCGACACUCCAGCCAUCUUCAGAAAUCAAUCAAUUAAUAUUUGAUUUAAUUUAGAUGUCAUCAAGCUGUCUAGGGAAGAGUACUGCAGAAUACUUCUUUAAUGUGUAUUUCUUAGGGUUAUGCGCUGGCAGAGCUGAAUUUUGAAAAAUAAGUUAAAGAUUUUACGUUUGUUUUCACUGCAUUAUUCAUAUUUAUUAAUACAUCACGACACUGAAUUAUGUCUUUUUUCUUUCUGUUGGAUAUUUUUCUAUGCCUAACUUCUUUGCUACAGAAUGGAUGUUGUCUCCAUGUUCUGAUGAAGGUUGGCUACUCUUUAUGACAUCAUACCCUUUGUCUCCUUGUCAUCAUGCAUGUUUGAGAUUGACUACUGGUGCAUUGCAGUUGGACUGUUCAGAAUCACUGAUCUCCAAAUCACCUGGCUUUCUAACUAACUACUCAUUAUGUGAUCAAGAUUAGCGAUUAUGCGCUGUGCCUUGCUCAAACUUAUCCUCCUCCAACACGCUGACUGUUGAUCUAAACUAAAACUGUCCAAGUUAGGUGCAGGCUUGUCAUCUUUUUGCGUGACCAGAUUCAUUCUGAUGUCCUACACAUGAUUUCAGUUUGGACUUGCAUCCUUAAAGUUACGACGUUACAAUCCUCACAUAGGCCUAGAAGCAGUAGACUUGUCUCUCUCUGUAAUCGUGACGACUCAUUGUUGUCAGGCUGAGGAAUUGCAUCAUAUUUUAGCUAGGCUACUCUACCGUUCUACUAGUUGGCAGUGGGUUUUGAUAGUCUAACAGCCACUGUGACAUCACACCAUGAACUAAAGGUACAAAGUUGUGUAGUCUGCUCAUGUGGACACCAAUACCACUUCCCCUGUAGUAGUGGGUUUGUUAGGGUUGGGAACACUAAUUAAUUAUUUGUCUUUUAUUUACAACAGACCAUAUUUGCUAACUUUCUAACCCCCCCCCCACACACACACACACAAAUGCAACAUUGUUUUUUGUUAUUAUUAUGAUUGAUAGAACUAUUAUGGUAAUUCUGAUUUAAUUAAUUGUCCUUGUGGUGUUUGUAGUGCCCCUACUGUGCCUGUAAAGAAUUAGAGGGUGUCAUUUUAUUUUCUGAAUGUAGUAAAGGGUGGGAGGGAAGGUUGGGAGUCAUUAAAAUCAUUAAUAGAUGUUGGGGGAGUGGAAAAGGGGGGAUUAGGGAGGAGAAGAGUCUGACUGGGUGGCUUUACAAAAGAGAGGGAUGAGGGAGAGAUGCUGAGAGGUCUUUUCUUUCCAUCUCUCCGUUUCUUUACUGGCGCUCUGACAGAGUGCUCUCUGUCUUCAUCUGAAACCAGUAAGCAAAAUAAUUUGACAACAUUUAAUGACUUCAAAGAAAUGAACAUUCAGUGGAGUUAUUUGAACAACAAAUGUCUUUUUUUGAGGCUAAAUUAAGGUGGGAAUGUAUUUAGUUUAUUGUAAAUCGUACCAUUUGCCGUCUGUCACAUUACUGCUAUUUCAUUUAUGGAAGAUGGGAAAUGCUCUAUGGGAUGAAAACAACAAUAAAAUUGUUAAUUUAAA